UAUCAGGAAACAUAAGGGGUGGAGUUAUCGUCUCAGUCAGCACCUACUUGCGUAUGUAUAGUGCGGGUCCUGUUACUGUGAAGAUCACGUACAAUACAGAUCACUGCGUUUGUCAGUAAGGGAGAAACAUUAUAAGAAUAUCUGACAAAUUCAGUUGCUGAACAAGACAAUGUCUGACAAGGCCGAAAACCAAACCUCAGACCUUCCUGAUGCACACGGAGACUGUACGGACGUGACACGUUCAGAUGGCUCAGCAGUUGAGCACGGAGGAGAACCGUAUGUGGGGGAUCAGGUGAAGACUGAGCAGGAUGAAGUUCCUAUAAAUACGGCUACAGGCCGUACUGAUGUGACGCCUACAGAUGGCUCAGCAGUUGAACACAGAGGAAAAUCGUAUGUGAGCGAUCAGGUGAAGACUGAGGAGGAUGAAGUAGCUAUAAAUACAUCUACAGGGCGUCUAGAGGAAAACCCGGGCACUGGGCUAUUAAAUGUGAAGGAAGAGGAUGAGACAGAUGACAUGAAUAGUCAUCGGACUGAAAUUCAUUGGUCCCUCCCUGCCGAUGAAGAUAAUGCUGAUAUAGUGAAAGUGGAGAUAACAGAAGAUCUGUUUCUGAGUCGUCAACUGGAAGCCCCGGAUGAGGAAACCAGUGACAAUAUCAGCCAAGGCCGUAUGGAUGUGACGCCUAUAAAUGGCUCAUCGGUUGAGCACGGAGGAGAACCGUAUGCGUGUGAUCAGGUGAAGACUGAGGAGGAUGAAGUUCCUAUAAAUACGGCUACAGGUGAAUUCAUAAACUGCAGUAAUCCUGGUCGUGAUCAGACUGCAAAUGCUUCUCUCAGUCUUCUCCAAAAUCAAAAGGAUCAUGUAGAAAAUGUAUGUUCUGAACGUGGGAAAUGUUUCACGGAGAAAUCAGAACUUUUUGACUAUCAGAAAAUGUAUACAGGAGAGAAAGCAUUUUCUUGUUCUGACUGUGAGAAAUGUUUUACUCGGAAAUCAGAUCUUAUUACUCAUCAGAAAACUCACACAGGAGAGAAAGCAUUUCCUUGUUCUGACUGUGGGAAAUGUUUUACUCGAAAAUCAGUUCUUAUUAGGCAUCAAGAAAUUCACAAAGGAGAAAAAGCAUUUUCAUGUUCUGACUGUGGGAAAUGUUUUACUUGGAAAUCAAAUCUUAUUACGCAUCUCAAAAUUCACACAGGAGAAAAAUCAUUUUCAUGUUCUGACUGUGGGAAAUGUUUUACUCGGAAAUCAAAUCUUAUUACGCAUCACAAAAUUCACACAGGAGAAAAAGUAUUUUCAUGUUCUGACUGCGGGAAAUGUUUUACUCAUAAAUCAGAUUUUAUUACGCAUCAGAAAAUUCACACAGGAGAAAAAGCAUUUUCAUGUUCUGACUGUGGAAAAUGUUUCACUCAGAAAUCAGUUCUUAUUAGGCAUCAAAAAAUUCACAAAGGAUUUUUAAAAGCAUUUUCAUGUUCUGACUGUGGGAAAUGUUUUACAUGGAAAUCAGAUCUUAUUAGCCAUCACAAAAUUCACACGGGAGAAAAAGCAUUUUCAUGUUCUGAUUGUGGGAAAUGCUUUAUGCGGAAAUCAAUUUUAAUUAGGCAUCAAAAAAUUCACACAGGAGAAAUAAAAACAUAUGUAUGUUCUGACUGUGGGCAACAUUUUACUCAGAAAUCAAGUCUUAUUAAUCAUCUGAAAAUUCAUAAAUGAGAGAACGCAUUUUCAUGUUCUGACUGUAGAAAAAGUUUUACUUGGAAAUCAGAUCUUAUUAAGCAUCACCAAUUUCACACAGACUAAAAAGCAUUUUCAUGUUCUGACUGUGGGAAAUGUUUUAUUCUGAAAUCACAUCUUAUUAGGCAUCAGAAAAUUCACAAAGGAGAAAAAUGAUUUUAUGUUCUGAAUGUAAUAAAUGUUUUGCUUGGAAUUCAAACCUGAAAAUUCAUAUUAAAGGAAAUCAGAAAAAUCAGAGCUUAACCUCUUAAGUGCAGAGGGACGUAGUCAUCAUCUGCACAAUGUCUAAAGUGAUGGUAAUGACUACAUGUGGUCCUCUGGUGGUGUAGCUUUUGGAGCUGUUUGAGGAUCCCUUUGCAUCUCAAGUGGUUACAAAGUGGCCCAAUGUGUAUGUCAUCCCCAGGGGUAUCUGGUGUCCCUAUAUAGGUUUGAAUAGCAAAGUGGUCACCUUUUAUAUAUAUAUAUAUAUUUAUUAUUAUUUUGAUUUUCAAUUAUUUAUUUUUUAGAAAAAAACACUGAAUUAAUAUUUUAGAAAGAUCACCAAAUAGAAUUAUAGAUCCACAAAAGUUUGGACAAUACAGGUCAGAAAUAAUUCACAUUGUAUUGUUUACAACUAUGUUUAUUAACAUUUUAAUAAAGAUAUGCAUUUGUUCA